CUUCGGGAAAUCACUCUUCGGGCGGCAAAGCAACGACUAGCGACGGCGCGGGAUGGGCAUCUUGUUUUUCGGAUUUAUGCGGAUCCUCUUUCGACCCAAAGAACGGGAAUCGGCACUCGGAUUGCGUGCACGGGAGCAUGGCGGCAGGUUGGCACAAGGGCAUAGAGCGUCUCUCUGGAUGGUGUUUCGGAAGCUUCAUUCAAAAGCAUCGAUGGCGGCACACGACGAACGGAAUCAUUCUACAUGGCGUCAACUGUAGUCGUCAUCGUUCUUUAGUAAAACGGUGCGAUCUUCGGGCUUCUGGAACUCUCUUUUGCUCUUUCUUCACAGAUUCUUGUCCAGUUGCUUUUCCGGCUCCUUCGGAAGUUGAAAAAAAUCUGGCUUUUGCUCUUGCUUCUCGGAUGUCUUUUCCUCCCAAAACUAGUUUUUUGCUCGGCAUAGCGUUUAGCGGCGGUCUGGUGGAAUCGGGAACAUGGCUGGGGGGGUUUUACUAGGUGGUGGGGGCGUAGGUGGUGUGCAGGCUGGCUGGCUGGGUGGAAACAAGCGGGCGGUUGGUUGGCCAAUUGAGAUUUGACGGGGUAAAUGGUCUUGUUCCUUUUUCUCGUUUAUUCUCUCAGUUGAGCUGUCUUUCUCAAACGCGCGAUUUCUUGCUUUGGAUUUGCUU